AUGGUCAAUACCGAGAACGACAUUCCUCCGCCGGUUCCUCGUCAGCCUAAAAAGGGAUCGCGAGUUGCCCCAAGUACUGCAGACGAUAGUGGUUGUUUGGAGACCUCAACGAUGUCGCAUAGAUCAGACCAUCAGGUAACGAACCCUCCUUUCCCUACACCUACUUCCAUUGAUGCCUCUUUCCUUGGUGUUUAUCAUUCAUUAAAGACACUUGAUGAGAGGUGUCCAGAGAAAAUUCGUGAUGGGGAGUACAAGGGCUCCUGUGGCGAUAAUGAUGAUGAGGGGGACGAAACAUACGGCAACGAUAAUCUGUACGAGAACAGUUCAGUGGACUAUGUGGAGGUAAAGAAAAUAAUCUCACACCCUAAUGUAUUUUGCCCCAAGAUGAGUCAAUUCAACCAGCCCCAAGCCAAACCCGAGCACCUGCUUCAACCCCUUCUGCUUCAUCCACAACAUUCGGUGUCCAGUCCACCUGACAUUCGAGGCAAUGAGGAAGACAGACGACCCAAAGUCUACCAAAGGAAGCCAGGCUGUCAAACCGACCCAUCUGUGGACAGGGUAGGCAGAUUAGGGAGGCAGAUGGGAUAA